AUGCAGGCACUCGGUCUUGACGCCGGCCUGCGCAUCGUAGCCAUAAAUCGCGGCUAUGCUCCAUCGACACCCUUCGCUCCAGCUGACCUCGCCGUACUACCCACGGGUGGCACAGAGGAGGUGAAAGAGGCAUUCCUCACCGCCCGCGGGAUCGAGAUUGCCAACUUCAUCGACGCCUUCAUUCAAAAGUACGACAUUCCGCCGAUUUCUGAGGAUGGCAAGAAAGGUGGUGUCGGCCUCCUUGGGUGGUCCGCCGGUAAUACCGUGACGCUCUCUGCGAUCGCUAACUUCGAUAAGCUGCCCUCCGAGGUGCAGUCUCGCCUUGCGAGGUACCUCCGAGCAUUGAUAAUGGACGGCGAGAAGAGUCUCUUCCACCGCUCGUGGCUCACCGCCUAUUUCAAUCACGGCGACUUGUCGAAGCGCGACCCGAAACUCCUGUCGCUCGCCGCACCCAGCCUAUUCCGCCGGCCCACGAUCUACAGCAUGACCGCGGAGGACAUUACAGAGCUCAUUGACGACAGCGUAUUCGAAGGUCCGAAUUUAUUCCUGUUGAUGCCGCAGCACCUCGCGGCUUUCCGCAAAGCGCGCUUUGACCGUGCGACGAGGGCUGUGGUGCCGAAGAUGGGGGUCUGGGCGGUGGUUGGGGAUUCUACCCUUUCAACUUGUAUCCUGGCGUGGUGGACAAUGCAGGAUGAGGAUGCUGGCAAUGGUGGUGGCUUCAUCAAUUUCAAGAUGACAGAGGGUGUAAACCACCUAAUCCACUGGGAUGACCCCGGCAAGGCGUUAGGGAUUUAUCUCGAGGCCAUGACAUAG